AUGCAGCAACAAGUACACGGAUAUGUCGAUCCUAAAUUCACAGAGGUGUCAAAUUUCCUUCAAAACUAUCUCGAAAGUGGAGAAGAAUUAGGUGCGUCUAUCGCUGUUAACAUCAAUGGAGAAACCGUGGUCGAUAUUUGGGGAGGCUUUAGUACACAUGAUAAGACCAAGGCAUGGGAACGUGACACGAUUGUCACUGUCUUCUCUACAACCAAAGCUGUUUGUGCUCUCGCUGCUCUGAUACUGGUUGAUCGGGGACUUCUCGACAUAAACGAAAAGGUCUCUAAAUACUGGCCUGAAUUCGCUGGUGAUGGAAAAUCAUCCAUAGAGAUUAGACAUAUCCUAUCGCAUACUUCUGGACUGUCAGGCUGGGAUGCGCCAAUGACGAUGGAAGAUCUUUUUGACCUCGACCGCAGUGUUGCGAAACUAGCGGAACAAGAACCUUGGUGGACUCCAGGAUCAGCUUCUGGUUAUCAUUUGUACACAUAUGGUUUCUUAAUCGGCCAACUCGUUCAGAAGGUGACUGGGAAAACUCUGAAAGAUUUUGUUGCCCAGGAAAUUGCCGGGCCAUUAGGAGCGGAUUUUGAGAUUGGAGCAUCAGAGAAAAAUUGGCACCGAAUAUCGCCUCUCUUGUUUCCAGUUUUGGACGCAAGCGUCUUUUUUCCUAUUGACAUGACUUCGAUACCAGCAAGAACCUUCAAUAAUCCUGCGCUGGAUCCCUCUCUUGUUGAUACUCGAAAGUGGAGAGAGGCUGAAAUUGGUUCGGUUAAUGGUCAUGGUAAUGCUCUCUCAAUUGCUACUAUGCUCAGUCCGAUCUCACUUGGAGGUGGAGCAAAGGGAGAGCAGUCCAAAGGAAUUGACUUGGUCACUGGAAUGAACGUUCGUUUUGGUACCGGAUUUGCGCUCUCUGGAAAGGACACAGACUUGAAAUGGUUACCUGAAGGACGAGUAUGUACGUGGGGUGGAUAUGGUGGCUCCAUUGUUAUCAUGGAUCUCGAUCGUCAUUUAACAAUAUCAUAUGCUAUGAACAAGAUGGAUGCUACAGGGGGUCUUGGUUCAGACCGUACAAAAGCGUAUGUGAAUGCUAUAUAUAGUGCAUUUGGUGCACUCUAG